AUGGAGAACUACACUUUAUGUGGGAAGAUUGGGGAUGGUGCUGAGGGUGUUGUAUUUAAUGUGAGGCAUAAUCCGACAAAUAAGGGAUUCGCUAUGAAAGUGGUUCGUUGUGCAGAUCAUUCUAAAGUAAAUAAAGCCCUUGAAGAGAUUAAAGUUCUUUUACAACUUCGUCAUCAACAUGUUGUCUCGUAUGUAGAUUUCUUUCUUAUAUUUCCUAAUGAUGAAGUAAAACAAGAAUUUACCAUGGCAAGUAAAAAUGAUACGAAAUUAUCUUAUACUGGACCAAACUGUCGUAUGUAUAGUACGAAUAGUCUUCCUACUGGUACUAAACCUGAGAAUGAUACUAUGAACAGUUCUAAUGUCUUUUGUAUGAAUCCCUCUGAAGUCUGUGUAUGUCUUGUAAUGGAGUUAUGUACAUAUGGAGAUAUGCAAAGUAUGAUACGGGAUGCUAAACAACGUUUUAUGGAAAAUGGAAGACAUCCCAUUACAGAGGCACAAAUUCUUUCUUGGAUGGAACAAUGUGCCUCUGCACUUUCCUUUAUUCAUGAACAAGGAUUUCUACAUCGAGAUUUAAAACCAACCAAUAUUUUCUUUGAUAAUUACAAGGAUGUAAAAAUUGGUGAUUUUGGUCUUGCAACUGCAGUUGGUAUGGGUCGUCAGAGUAUUGUUGGAACUCCGUUAUAUUUAGCCCCUGAACGUAUGUUACACCAAUUAUAUGAUGAAAAAGUAGAUGUUUGGGGUUUAGGCGUUGUGAUGUUGGAAUUAGUAACACUUUGUGAUCAACCCAUUAACAGUCGAGUUUUAGAAAAUCCCCUGGUGGUUGAGAAAGUAGUGGAACAAGUUAUUUCUAUGGGAUUUUCAUCUAAACUUGGUGGACUUUUACGGGAUAUGCUGCAGCGAUUUCCCGAAGGUCGUCCCUCACCUGCCGCUAUUCUCUAUCGACUCGCUGGCAUGACAACAACAACACCAACAACAACAACAACAACGAUAUCCCCCAAUCAAUGCUGUGGAAUAUCUAUUCCAAGUAUUUCAUUAGGGAUGAGUUGUCCUAAAUUACCCAAUAUCUUAUGUGAAUUAUGUGAAGUAGAAUCAGCAGUUUCAGCGUGUACAAAUUGUAGUGCAGUUCUUUGUGAGGCUUGUGAUCGGGCGCGUCAUAAACAUCAUACUCGACAAGGGCAUGAACGUAAUUCAUUAAGUCUUUUACGUUGUAGUCAAUCUACCAAACCACAUGUAUUAACGGAUCUUGACUCCAAUAGCCUACCACCUUUAAAACGAAAACCAAAUAAUUGUAGUGCUAGUAAUACUUUUUCACGUUUUGUAUUUCCAGUUUUUUCUUCCGCUGGAGGAGGAGGAGGGAAUUCUAUUUGUGGAACUUCUAUUACGGAUCAAUCGAGUAGUAUUUUAUUAAGAAGUAUGAAUACUGUCGCUAUUCGUGUCCCUCAAGAUUGUCCUACCAUUACAGCUGCCUUAACAACAGUCCAACAUAUGCCGCAUAUACGUAAAAUAGUAGUUUCAGGUAAUACUAUUCAUAAAAAUCCACUUAUUUUGGGAGAUCAUUUACCAGAUAAUAUAAAACUUAUUGGUGAAAAUCCAUCUCCUGUUAUUGAAGUAGAUGAUGUUUCUUCUGCUAUUACAUGUACUUCAGGACGUGGAACGAUUGAAAAUUUUAUUAUACGUCAUGCUGGUAGAAAAUCCUCAGCGGCGGAAUCUCAAAAUUCUGAAAAAGUACAAAAAAAGUCUACACGCCCUAUUGCUGUUUCUAUCAAUGGAGGAGAAUGGAAAAUUACAAAAUGUCGUAUUUCAUGUUGUAUUGGUAGUGGUAUAAGUGUAGCGGCGGAUGUGGAAGCUGUUAUCUCUCACUGUUUAAUUCUUCAAGUGAAAACUGCCGGUAUUGUCGUCUUGGAAGGCGGUAGAGGAUUAUUUGAGAAGAACUCUUUCACCAACUGUGAUUUUGCCGCCUUUUUACUUAAAAAAAAGAGUUCCGCACGAGUUCGUGGAAAUCAUAUCACUGAAGGAGCCGAAACGGGUAUAUUUUGUCAAGAUGCCUCUGGUCUUGUGGAGGAUAAUUUUAUCGCCAAUAAUGGAGGAUGUGGUGUGGUCACCAAAGGGACGGAUGCUAAUAUUAUUUUUCGUGGAAACCGAAUAGUGGGGAAUGGACAAGCCGGAUUUUUCUGUUGUGAUGGUUCCUCUCCUAUUAUUUCCGAUAAUGAUAUUAGACAAAAUAAUCGUGCGGGUAUUCUCAUUAAAACCCGUGCCUCACCUAAAGUAACGAAAAAUACUAUAUCUUGCGGAAAAGAGGCGGGUAUUUACGUAUUUGAGAAUGGAGCCGGUCUUAUUGAAUGUAAUGAAUUAACAGAAAACAGUAAUGCAGGUAUUCUCGUUACUACCAAUGGUAAUCCACAUGUGGUAAGGAAUAGUAUUCGGGGAAAUCUUUAUGAGGGUGUUUGGAUUUGUAAAAAUGGUGGGGGAAUCUUUUGUGAAAAUGAUCUCCGUGAUAAUAAAAAAGGACCUAAAGAUAUUGAGGAUGAUAGCUCCAUUGUCUGGAUUGGGAACCGUGAAUCAUGA